CAGCUCACGGACAGCAACAUGAACAUGUAGGGGGAUAAAAGCUGAUAUAUUUCGCAUAUUUGGAGGGGACUUAGAAAAAGUAAAAAAAGUUGUUGUUAAGCGUUAGCUUAUUAAUUUUAUGUUGAAAUUUUAUUAAUUUAAUUUUUACAUUUUCCAUAAUCUGUCUGUAAAUUGUAUCUCAGGGGAUAUGCUACCCUUAAAGGGUUAAUGAUCUCUUCUGAGGCUUGAAAGUGGUAGAUGUGUACCUGUCAACAGAGGGACAGAAAGCAGUGCGAUUUUGUUAAAUGAAUAGCAGAUAUGACUUCAAACACGGUUUAAAGAGUUUAAUAUUAUUUUACAGCAAGUUGGUGUAACUGAUUUCAUGGUCACUUCCUGAUCUUCAGUGAGAUGUUGUCACAUGUUCACACUGCUUGAGUGAGCUCCAGAUGAGACAUCAACAGAAGACACAAACUGAUGAAUAUUUAUCAGGAUGUGGGUUUUCAUUGUGUUUUUCAUCAGUGUUAAAGAUCUUGUGAAUGGUAAUCAGGAUGAGGUAAAGACAGUGAUGGAGGGAGACGUUCUGACUCUACAUACAGAAGCUCAACUGAAGACAAACACUGCAACAAUCUGGCUUUUUAAAAGUGAAAAUCUUACCACUCGUAUAGCACAGAUGAAUAAUGGGAAUAUUUUUACCAGUUUUGAAGAGAGAUUUGCUGGCAGAUUGCAUCUUGAUCAAGAGAGUGGAUCAUUGACCAUUCGGAAUAUCAGUACCAGUGAUUCUGGACUUUAUAAAGUAUCAUUCAUCAUCAGGUUACACAUCUCUGAGAAGAAGUUCAAAGUUAAUGUAUAUGCACCUGUCUCUGUACCUGCUAUUGAGAAGAACUCGCAAGCAGUAGAAGAUUUCUGCUCUGUGUUCUGCUCUGUGAGAAAUGAUCGAGAUGUAUUCAUCUCGUGGUAUAAAGGGGGUGAAAUGGUGAAUCAGACCAGCAAUCCUGAUCUCAGCAUCAAACUCAGUUUACCAUUAGAGCUUCAUUAUAAUGAUUCAGAGAUCUACAGCUGCACGGCUGCAAAUCCAGUGAGCAACAAGAGCGUCAGUCUUCACAUGAACGAGAUCUGCCAACGAUCUGAGGAUUGUCUGGAUCAUUGUGGUGUCACUGAAGCUCUGAUUCGACUGGUUUUGUCUGGUCUGGUGGGAAUCGCCACUGUUUUCUUUCUGGUUGAUCAUGUGAGGAUCUCCUCAUCUCAGAGAAGAGCUGCUGCUGCUGUAUGAUGAUGAUACUUUCAUGAGAGUUUGUAGGGUGUGAACUUUGACACUCUGAGAUUUGCAGGGUAGAGUUGAGGUGUGAAGCACCUCAUUUAUUACUUUGGAUAAAGGUAGCCUGUCUACUAAAAUGAUAUUAGGCUAAGUGUGACCAGUAUGCUUUAUGCAGGUUACAUAAAAUUCACACAAACUUUUGUACAUACUACCCUUGAAUAUAUGUGUGUGUGUGUAUAUGCAUUUUUAAUUUGUAUGUUUGUACUGUUAACAUCAUUAAUAAUGUAUAAAAGUUUUGGCUAUAACUUUAAUAGCUUAAUUUUGUUCAGUGUUUCGCUGUUAAACGCGAUAUUAAAAUAGCAUUAGCAGACCGCACGAAGAUCCCGCCUUUUUUUAAUCAAGUAUGAUUGAUCUAGAUAAAAAAUAUUUUACUUAAAGUAUUUUAUUAAUUAAACGUCGAUUAAAAUUUCCUACAUUUCAAUACUCAGAUAUAAAAUAAAUGUAAAGAACGCUGCCUGAACAAUAAAGCGAGGACUUUGCUCACGUGAUGUCUGUUACUUUUCUCCGCAAUAAUCCGUAUGAACGAAUCACUGUUGUUUAUGAUUACUAUAAGAAGCACUUUUAAAUAAGCACUACACAUUGCAAUCCUUAGCGAAUUUUCAUAUUUGUGACAUAAAUAGAUCUGUAAAAUGAGUAGGUAUAGAAAGAUUAUACUCAUUCUCAUACAAACAUCUGCAAUAAAGACCAAACCGUCCUGAUUUUUUGAAUGCAUCUCAAUAGAGAACAGUCUCUCUGAGCCUUCGAGCGCCGCCUGGUGGAAUAACAACUGUAUGUCUCACAU